CUAACUUAGCAUGCUUGUUAGCUUAGCUUGCUAGCUGCUAACAAAUAGACUAGACUAGAAUAGACUUUUUUUCGACUUCCUUUUUAUUGUCAUUCAAAUUUGAACUUUACAGCACAGAUAAGAACGAAAUUUCGUUACAUAAUAGACUCGGAAGUUUUGAGCACAUCGCUAAGCAGACACCAGUGUGACUGUAAAGUGUUGUGAAAAUAUGUAAAAUACAAAUGCAAAGAGUGUUGGUGAAUAAGUGACUAGCUGUGGUUUUGGAAUACAUAUUUGUAGCGUUAGAAAGAUAGCAGAGUACGAAAAGGAACGUUCUCCAACAAACGAGGAGAACGAGCGACAACGUCAACUACUGGACGCUGUUUUCAAAAAGCAUUACGUUCUGUUACACAAAACAGACGUCUGUGAAGAACAUCUUUUCCCUGAGCAGCAGGUGUAAACCUCCAGGAUGAAGCAGGAGAAACCACAGCCCCCCCAUAUUAAAAAAGAAGAGGAGGAGCCACAUCUUACCCACAUUAAAGAGGAAGUUGAGGAGCUACAUCGCCCACACAUAAAGGAGGAAGAAGAGGAAUACAGUAUCAGUCAGAAUGGAGAGCAUCUUGAAGGAAUGGAGGUUGAUAUCUCCAAGAUUCCAUUGAAUGGUGUCAUUGUGAAGAGUGAAGAUGAUGAGGUCAAAAGUGAAAGUGAGGAGAAGAGAGACGCGGGGUCUCCAAGCAGCAGCUCAACUCAACACAUGACAACAGAAUAUGAUGGAGACCACUGUGGAGGAUCACAAGCAGACAAGCUCUUAGCUCCACUAUCAGAUAGUGAUGACAUGACGUCACACUCUCCUGACACAGAUGAUGAAGACUCUGAAGCUGAUACAACAUGUCACACUGACAACACACACUUUGAAUAUGCUCACUGUGGCAAAACUUUUAAUUACUAUAGUAAUCUCAAAACACACACAAGAACACACACUGGUGAAAAACCUUUUUCCUGUGUAAGCUGUGGUAAAAGUUUUACACAAAAUCAUCAUUUGAAAACACACAUGAGAAUACACACUGGUGAAAAACCUUUUUCUUGCUCGUUUUGUGGUAAAGGUUUUACACAAAAUCAUAAUUUGAAGGCACACAUGAGAAUACAUGCUGGUGAAAAGCCUUUUUCUUGUUCAUUUUGUGGUAAAGGUUUUACACAAAAUCAUCAUUUAACAGGACACAUGAGAACACACACUGGUGAAAAACCUUUUUCCUGUUCAAUCUGUGCUAAAGGUUUUACACACAAUAUUAAUUUGAAAUCACACAUGACAACACACACUGGUGAAAAACCUUUUUCCUGUUCAAUCUGUGCUAAAGGUUUUACACAAAAUACCCAUUUGAAAACACACAUGAGAAUACACACUGGUGAAAAACUUUUUAGCUGUUCAAUCUGUGCUAAAAGUUUUACACACAAUAAUUAUUUGAAAGCACACAUGACAAUACACACUGGUAAAAAACCUUUUUCCUGCUCAAUCUGUGCUAAAGGUUUUGUACGAAAAGAUACCUUGAAAAAACACAUGAGAACACACACUGGUGAGGAAGUGUGAGUUGCAGUGGGUGUGAUGAAAGAUUCUCAUAAAAGUACCAGUGUAAGAAAUGUAACACAAUCUUGUUAGUGGGUUUCUACCAUUGAUAUAGUAGAGUUUUAAGAUUGGUUUUAUGUAUGUUAGAGGAAUGCAUUAGUUUACAACAUUGUGUACAUUCAUUUUAAAAAACACAUUUUCACUGAUUGAAAAGGGGACUGAAGCAUCAGUUUAUUUUGACUAACCAUAUUAACGUUUUUUAACAUUCCUUUUAAAACUAUAAACAAAACUUAUGUUGCGUUAAAAACAUGGAUUGUGUGUACAGAAUAAAUGAAAUAUAUUUUACACACUUAUUUAUUUAGGUUUUUAAUUAAAGUGUUGCAUAUUUUCAUUUCUAAUUCUAAAUCAUUUCAUCGAUGAUGUCCUUUAUAUGAUAUACAUAUUUGUUUCACAUUCAUACUUUUGCUUUUGAGUGCACAUAAAUCCCUCCUAGUUCAUAUCUGUUGGUUCCCAUCUGAAAUAUCUUCUGGAUCACGUCUGGAAGCAUUUUAUUAUUUACUUUAUACAUUAUUUGAGCAGUCUUGUAUUCUACAAGAUCAAUUACUUAAACAUGUUUGAUUGAUUGAUUGAAACUUUGAUUAGUAGAUUGCACAGUACAGUACAUAUUCCGUACAAUUGACCACUAAAUGGUAACACCCGAAUAACUUUUUUCAACUUGUUUAAGUUGGGAUCCACGUUAAUAAAUUCAUGGUAAAUGAAUUGUCCUCCUCACUCCAUGUUUGACCCUUUUCCCAGUGCACCUUUACGGGGCACAGCCCUUGUUGUGACCCACGCAUGCUCCUGUUCUGUCUACUCUGUAUGAUGUAUGUCUGAUUUUGAACGGGUUUGGACUGAAAAUGUAAUUUCGUUGCACUUUUUAAGUGCAAUGACAAAGUACUACUCUAUGUGUGACUUUUAUGAAUCAUUUGUCCAGUCUUGAUAAUCAAUUCUAUGAAUGAUCCUUAUUACUCUCUUAUGUGAUAGGACUAUUGGGUUUGUGUUUGUUUUAUAUAUAUGUCCCCAGGCCUCUAUGCAACAAGCAAUGUAUGCUUCAAGUAAAGUUGGGCACAUUAAAU